AUGCGUGCUCAAGAGGAGUACUCCGUAUUUUAUCCGUAAUCUACUAGAAGGCGUGCAAGUAAAGAUACAAAGUUGAGUAUCUGAAAUAUGAGGCACAAAAAAUCUUCGACGGUUUCUGAAAAAAAUGGGUGUUCUUCCACUUAUAUCUUCGUCUCUUCCCUUGCAAACCCAUAUUCACUUGCUAUCAACAAAAACCCAACUCCAAAAUCCAAUCUUUGGGUCUAAAUCCUCUUCAAAUAUUCUUAAAGCUGUUAAUUUAACCUCCAAAAAUGUAAAAUUGAGAAGCAAGUCCAAUGAUCAAGCUGAGGUUAACCCUAUAUUCACUGAUGAAAAUGGCGUUGUAAAUGAUAUGGAAGCUUAUCUCAAUUCACUCUCCCUUGAAUAUGAUUCUGUUUGGGACACUAAACCUGCUUGGUGUCAGCCAUGGACAAUAACCCUGACUGGCGUGUCACUGAUUACGUGCAGCUGGUUGGUUCUACAUUCUAUCGUCAUCACUGUUUUAGUUUCGUCUCUAAUAUGUGCUUGGUGGUACAUCUUUCUAUACUCUUAUCCUAAGUGGAAGUUCUGUUUAUCCUUAGGUUCGAAGGUUCGCUUUUCAGUUCUGCCUGAUUCAUUCUUUGGGUCUCCUUAGAGCGAAACGAAUAGAUGUAUUUGAAUAGCCAAAGCUCCAACUUAGGCAUAUACAGAAAUGAUUGCUGAAAGAAGAGCGAAAGUGAAGAGUGGCUCCGAAGACACAUAUGGAUGGUCCAAGAACCAGUGACUUGCAAUGGCACCAUACCCGCCAUCUUACUCUUAUCCUAUCAAAGACCAGCUGGGUUGGACAGUUGAUUAAUUGAAUUUGUGAUUCGCAUAAAUGGAAUAUUGUAGCAAUUCUAUUUCUUAUGUGCAGAAACUUUGGAAAGGUGAUUUGUGAGGUUCAAUUUGUAUGUAAAAUCUAACACUAGUUUUACAAAUAACAAAUUUCGUAAUUGUCCAGUUGUGCAA